GGGCACUAUCUUGGCUCGCCCCAAGGAACAUUCGAUUCUUUUUAUCAACUAUAAUGAAAGCGUCUGCUGCGCUUUGAGUGUUUUUUUGUUUGACCAAGUGAGAAAAAAAUAAAAAUAAAAAGAAUAAACAAGGCAUCAUGACCACGAGUGGAGGAGGUUGGCAGGGACCUCCCGCCUGCGACACGCCGGCAGGCCGCUCGUCUUCGUCGCCGGCUGCGGCCUCGAAAUCACCAGGCCCUUCGACGCCAUCUGGGCCGACGACAGAUCAGCCCAGUGGAGCGCCGAAUGGCGGUACCCACGCCGAGGUACCAAGCAGCUCUCGCGAGUCCAAGCCGUCGUCGCUAGCGCCGCGAAACAACAGGGCCUGCGACGGCUGCCGAGCUCGCAAGGUCAAGUGCCUCUUCGAGCCCGGGAGACAGGACUGUCACGGUUGCACUCUGCUCCAGAUCAGAUGCACUCACAAUCGGCCCCGCAGGAAAAGGGGCCCACCAAACAGGGCAAUCCAGAGCCUUGAGCAGGAUGUCGCUGCUUUGUUUCCAGUCCCGGAUCCUGCAGGCGUUACUGAGCCUGGCGACGGCCCAGUCAGUCCUUGGCCUCAGCCACGGGAGUACGGGGCUCGCGGCGAUAGGUUGUCCCGACUGGCCUCGAUGGAGCUCAUUGAACAGGUGCUGAAUGACUGGUUCGAGAAGCUGCAUCCACUUGCGCCCUUGCUGCAUCGGCGGCAUUUCAUGUGGCGGCUGCGACAAGGCGAGGCAUCAUCAAACAACCCUGCAGGCAAAAUAUUCUGUGCACUGGUGGCGAGCACAUGCGCGGUAACAGCGUCGUCUCUUCGGUGUUGGGCCGGCUCCAUCAACGCUAGGCGGUGUCUGGCAUUCAUCGACGAGCUGGAGCUGUUGCACCGUCGUCCAGCAAGUGGGGCCGGCGGCGACGCCUUCGAGUACACCCUAGACUGGUGUAUAGCAAUGUACAACGUGGGAAUGGCCCUGUUCUCACUCUCUGCGAAUACAACAUAUACCCCGGAUGUGCACGGGGCCUUGUCCCAGGCAGCAGAGGGCGUGAGGUAUAUACUGCGCUACCGCAUGUCGGACACGUCGUUUGCAGAUCAACAGUUGCUCAAAAGGCUGCUGUGGCUGUUAUUCUGCACAUCAAAUAUCCUGGACUCGAGGGGCCACCUUUCAUACCUAGUCAUCGGCCACCACGAUGACCUGACAUCGCUAAGACCACAAGACCUGAACGAUCUCAGCCUCAGCGUGGGACUCUACCAGCAGCUCUCGGUGGACGACCUGAGUCCGUGGCACGGAGACCAAAUCUCGUACAUCCCCGCCCUUCUCGGGCUCGCCGACCUGUUCAUGGUCUGGCACCGGGCCCAAAAUGCCGUGAUGCGCAGCGACGACGAGUCCCAAGCCUGCCUGGCCACGUGCCUGGCAGACGUGCAGUCCGUCAUGGACUCGCUACCCCCAGAGCUGUGCUGGCGCGGGGCCGCGACCAUGCCCGCGCGCGUCACCAUGGGCCACGACGCCCAGGUGGCCAACCUGAUCGUGACGAGCCUGUACAUCCGCUCCGACCUGCUCCAAAAGUUCCCCCCGACCGACGACGCCGGCCGCCGCCGGCACUACCAAGAACACGACCGCGUCAUCGACGGCCUCAUCGACGUCAUGUGGAACGUGCCCGACUCUGUUCUCGAGCACGACGGCCGGCAUGUGAUUCCAAAACUUCGGGAGUGCGCCGCCGCCUAUGGCAAGUACUUGAACCUCGAGCUGGACGGCAUGAAAGUGUACCCCGCCGGCAAGGCCAAGUUGGAGCUGUUGCUCAAGAAGCUAGACAUUAUCGACUGCUGGCCUGGCCCAGCACGAUCAGAGCAUCAUGGGAUUGGCGGAGACCGGUUGCUUUCGGAAGGGGCCGGGGUCUUUUUUGGACAUGAUUUAUUGUGGAAUGAUUUGAGGAUUGGGCCAUUAACACGUGUAGAGUGAAAUCCAAUAAAAACCAUGGUCGGAAGUAGCUCACCGA